CCCGUACGCAGGUGGUGUACCGAGCGGCGCCGACAAAGCCAACGAUGAACCUGAACAUGGACGACCUGGUUGCGUCUUACCUGGCACAGCGGGGUUAUCAGAAUGGCGGCGGCGGUGUGGCGGCGCCAGCAGGACUACAUGAUUAUGCACGACACGUGGGGCUGUCCAUUGACGCUUGUGCGUCGAACCACGUAUUGUUCCAUGGCAUGAACAAAGGCGAUCCUGCUGCGUACGAGCGUGCGUACACGACAUUGCUGGCAUGGAUUGGGAAUUCGCUUGACAUGUACAAGCUGGAAUUGCAUGCUGUGGCGUUCCCACUGUUUGUACAUUGCUACCUUGAACUGGUCGCGAAAGGCCACGCGGACGCAGCCAAGGCGUAUUUCACACGCCACGCCAAAGACCACCAACGUCUCCACAAGCACGAGAUUCGAUCAUUAGGUUCCGUGCUGACGAGGGAGCACUUGGGUCUAAACGAAUACGCCAAGCAAGUGCUGCACUCCAAGUUCCACGUGCAGCUGAGCCUCCUCGGGUUCCAGCUCCUCCACACUUUUCUGAGCGAUCACCAGAUGUUUCUGUUGUUGUGCAUCUUGAACGACCGCGUCACUAUCUCCGUGCAGACCAACCAUCCGUCCCUCACAAUUGCGCAGUGCGACACGCUGGCACCGCACGAGUCCACCGCCAUGACCACGUCGCUUCUCUUCCAAACCUCAGAUGAAAUCUCGCAACAAGUCCAGCAUACACCGGAAGCCAACCACAUUGCCGCGCAGGUCACUAGUGGCGACUACGACAUGGCGUACAUGGUCCAGACGGCUGGCGGCGACGUUUCCGAGUCUCUGACGCUGGCGUCGUUGCAUCAAGUGCCACUCCUUUGGGGCGUCCUGCCUCCUCGAAAGCGCGCGGUGGCUGCAGCGACCGAAGACGGGGAUGGGGAUGUGGAUUCGUCUGCUGCGGCCACAGACACGACGUCGCCGCCCACGACCACCGCCUCGUCCAGUGGUCCCGCCGACACCAAGGCCAAGGACUCCGUCGCCAACGCCGCCAAUAAUGCCGCCACUCUGUCCGCCCCUGGUGCCGUCACAGGUCCUGCGCCAGACCGCAGCUCGUCCUUCAACGCGAAUCUGUUGGAGAAACUCGUGCUGCGGCAGCCGGCGGACGUCCAAGAAGCGGCGUUUCAAGACGCCGACGCCCAGCUCGCGUUGAGCAGCUCGCAACUGCCGUCGGCGCUGUGCUUUACCGUAGCGAACGCGUCGGAACACUUGACCAACGUCUGUUUCAGUGCCCAGGGCGACGUCGUGGGCGGGGCGUUCGACGACGCGUCCUUUCGUGUGUGGAGCCAGGACGGGUCACCGUUGGGCGGGUUUGGCCAUCACAAAGACAACACGUCGGCGAUUCUACGAGGCCACGCUGGGCCAGUGUACGGGUGCGGAUUUACUCCAGACAACCGGUUCGCCGUGACCAGCUCGGCCGACUCGACCGUGCGGCUGUGGAGUCUGGCGAGUCGCACGUCCAUGGUGGUAUUCCGCGCGCACACGUACCCCGUGUGGGACGUGGCCGUGGCGCCCUUGGGGUACUACUUUGCGUCGGCGUCGAUGGACCGCACGGCGCGCCUAUGGAGUACCGACCGCGUCCAGCCGCUGCGGGUGUUUGCCGGCCACUUGAGCGACGUCGAGGUAACAUAUGCAAAAAUAUGUCAUCGCAUGGGAAAAACAAAGCGAUGAUGGACAUUUGAAGUGUGUGACGUUUCAUCCGAACCACAACUACCUUGCCACGGGCUCGACGGACAAGACUGUGCGCCUGUGGGACGUCCAAACUGGCCACUGUCUCCGCGUGUUUGCAGGGCACUAUGGCGGCGUGUCGGCCGUCGCGUUCUCGCCGAAUGGGCGGUACCUCGCUAGUGCUGGUACGUAUAUUUAUAUUCAAAAUAAUAAUAAUAUUAUGAGAAUGUGCCUCGUUAUCACGACUUGAUUUUCAUUGUUUGAAACUCAGGCGACGACACGUUGGUGAAUAUCUGGGACCUGCACAUGGGCAAGAAGCUCGAAACCCUCGUGGGCCACCAAGAUGCCGUGCAUUCGCUGGCGUUUUCGGCAGAAAGCACGCUCGUCGCGAGCGGCGGCGCCGACCACACGGUUCGGUUGUGGGACAUGCACCGCCUCGAUGGGGCGACACACAAAGCCCCGCCUGUGACGGUGAAAUCACAGCACCACAACCAGUUCAAGCGGAAAACUGCCGCUGGACUCGCGCCCAGUCGCGCCCUCCUCAAGACGUUUACGACCAAGCGAACCCCCGUGUUGCGCGUACAAUUCACACCGCGAAACAUGCUACUGGUUGGUGGGGCGUAUUCAGCUGUACAUACCACCUUAACUUAACAGACGCCUGGUGUGGGAAUGGUGACC